GGUAGGCGUGUGGUUUUACAGCUUCAAAAACGGACAGAGAGCCCCGGACUUCCUGUUUGCAGCUCGAUCACAGAGCUAGGCUUUUUUGAAGAUCACUCUCUGACAAGAGGAACAACACACAGACUCCUUACCCCCCUUCUCAGCUCUGCAGCCCACUGGGUAAGAUGUUGCGGGCACCUCUCAUCGCUGCCUUUCUGAUGAUCAAUCCCACCUGUGCCGAGGCCAUUGGAGACAUGGGUAUUUGUUACAUCUUGGACGGGAUUCUCAUCCUUUAUGGCAUCAUUUUAACGGUCUUAUACUGCAGGCUGAGGGUGGCUCCAGCCAUAAAAGCGCCUGCCAAAAACUCUCAGAAGAAGCCAGUCGAAGGAGGCAUCUACGCAGGUCUGACCUGUAAGAGCAGCGACACCUACGAGACCAUCAGGACGGACAAGAAGCCCAUCGUGUGAUUGGAGAUGGCUUGAUGCAGAGAAGGUGCUGAGCAGAAAAACUCAGUGUCAAACAUUUUUAAGCUUUAUAUUGUAUAUGAAGUUGUAACAUUCUACAUGUUUGCAUAGAGUAUCUAUACAUUUCCUUUAUUGUCAGUUGUCUUAAUUUUGUGGCUUGCAUUGUGGUUGAUGAUUUUAUUUAACAUGUAACAUUUAACAGAAAUGCUGUGUCCGUCUGUGUUAGCUUCUCUGUUUCACAACUCGUUUUAAACAACUUUCUCAGAAAACAGAAGUCUAAUUUUAUCUCUGUGUUCCAUCAUGUGUUCCCUUUUUCUUCUUGAAGUAACGACGACUAAUUUUAAAGUGUUUUUUGUGACAUUUUUUUUUCUAAAUAAGAUAUUCUUUUGAAAGAGUGGUUCUUGAUUGACACUCAGGACCCAGACAGAAGCAAAAUGCAUAAUUUGAAAGAGUUCCGUGGCCUUAUUAGUCCAUUUUUGUGCCCAAGUGGGAUGUUUGACCCACUAUAAGGUCCUGUCCAACUGAAAACCACUGUUGUUAAUAUCCUAAAAUGAGAAACUGAUGUUUUAUAAUCUAAAUCAAAUCUUUUCAUUUGUCUGCUAAAUUGAAAUGUAUUUCCUGAAGGUAUUGACCAAAUCAUUUUAUAUUUUUAGUUCUAAUAUGGUGAUAACAGCCAGUAAAUCAAAACUGGACGUGUCUGGCAUACUUUAUAAAGAUAAUCCUGUUUUUUUUUUUUGUAUUUAGCUAGAGAAUGUGGACACGUUUCACCAUUAAAAACAUUUGAAACACA